AUGGCCAAAAACAGCGUCGUCCCCGUCAUUAUCCUCUUGCUAGUCGUCUUCCUCUUCGCCGUCAUCGGCUUCGUCAUCUACACUAUCGUCCAAGACAUCGGCGACAAGACAAAGGCCAAAAUGGAGAAGAAGAAUAUACAGUUUACGAAAGGUGGGAUGAAGGUUUCGAUGAAGGAGGUACGGGAUGAGGAUUAUAAGGACCAGACGCAGAGUGUCUUGGUCAAUGUGUGGAACAAUUCUUCGUUCCCAGCGUACAAGUCUCGGUUAUGGAAUAAUGGGGGUUCGUCGAAGGAUAAGGACAGUGCGAAGCGACGAUGA